UUUCAGAACCGGCAUCAUGAUUAACCACCCCUCUCCCAGUUCAAUGGACACGUUUCAAUUUAAUUAUCAGUAUCUGACGCUGCUGUGCACCGUCGUAUCGAUUCUGCAAGGUAACUAAUCUGGAAUUGAAACUACUAAUCCAGCGCAAACGAAUCCAUUCCGGAUGGAUGCAGACGGUGCGUAACAUUCGUACUUUUUGUAUUUCGCAAAGCUUAGCCGUCGUGGCACAAAGCCGCCAGCUGCCGAAAGGUGGUGGCGGGACGUAUCGCAUUAUCAACGGGACCCAGUCAGCCAUCACCGAGUUUCCGUAUCUGGUGUCGAUCCAGCGGAGGACGAGCAUAUCCAAGGAUCACAUCUGUGGCGGAGCAUUCAUCAACUCGGACUGGAUCCUGACGGCGGCCCACUGCCUGGCCGAUGAAACACCAGAGACCGUAAUUAUCCGUGCCGAGACAUCGUUCCACGAGCGCGGUGGGACACUGCUGAGGGUUGGUCAACUUAUCGUACACGAAAAGUUCAACGGCAGCGCCAGCAAGGACUACGACUAUGGGUUAAUUAAAUUGCGUAAAACUUUCCGCCGAGCCGUUCCGGCAAAGCUAAAGAAUGGUCCACGGCGGUUCCGGCCGGGUGAGCGCUGCACGGUCAUGGGUUGGGGCCAAACUGCCACUACAAGUAUCAGCAAACGAGUUCUGAAAGCUACAGUACCAAUUGUGGCCCAGCGUAUCUGUCAGAAAGCGUACCAGGACACGGAGGACGAGGUCACCAGCCGGAUGUUGUGCGCAGGCUAUCCGAACGGAGGAACGGAUGCGUGUGAGGGUGACUCUGGCGGACCACUUGUUUGCCGCCGGAAGUUGACUGGAAUCAUUUCCUGGGCCGAGGGAUGUGCUGAAUCGAAUUACUAUGGCGUGUAUAGUUAUGUGACGCCGAUGCGGGCCUGGAUACGGAACUACACUGGGGUGUGA